GACACUCAAACAACCAAGACAUCACCACAACAACAACAAUGGCAGACCAACCCAAGUCAAUCUACCUCACCGCCGAUGGCAAACUCAUCGUCCAAUCCGUCACGGAGAACUACACCCCCCAGGAAUCAGAAUGUCUGAUUAGAGUCAAGUACUCAGGCAUCAACCCAUGCGACUUCAACUUCUUCUACAUAGGCCUUAACUCCUUCGUCACCGGCUUCGAGCUGUCUGGUACUGUCGAACAGACAGGUCCGAACUCCCCCUUUGUCGUGGGAGAUGCUGUUUGCGGCAUUGCUCCCGUUGCGUUUCCGAUGCCGACCUCACUAGGAACCCACCAAGACUUGGCUAUCGCCAGAUCUGAGCUCCUUUAUAAAGUACCUGAGGGUUUAUCGCUGAAGGAUGCUGGCGUCAUCUGCAUGGCAGCCCACACCGCCGUCGAUGCCUUGUUCAACAGCAUUGGACUUGGCUUCCCUGCCGCGGGUAUAUCGGGUCUUGAUCCAGCUGGAAAGGGGAUUCUCAUUUGGGGAGGCGCCAGUAGUGUGGGCAACAUGGCUAUCCAAAUCACCAAGGCUGCUGGCAUCGAGUUCAUCUUUGCGACAGCCUCGGCCAAAAAUCACGCCACCCUCAAGCAUCUCGGAGCUACUCACUGUUUCGACUACAAGAGCCCCACCGUUGUGGAAGACAUCCAGCAAAUGCAAAAGACACUCGGGGUGAAGCUGAGCAUGGCUUUUGAUACUGUUGGCAAGGGCGCCAUGGGACACGCCUCCGCUGAAGGAGAAAGCACCCCCUCGUUGGCAAAGAGGGCUUUGUUGGCUGACCAAUCCGAAGAAAUUCGCCUUGUCUGUACCCUCCCCGUUGCGGCGGAUCCGGACUACAAGUUUUGUACGUCGUAUCGUCCCAGUGGCAGUCUCACAGCCAUGGGAGCGCCCCAGGACCCAGAGGCACCCAAGCGCGUUCGUACAGUCAUGGAGUAUCUCUUAAAGACGGCGGAUAGAACUGUCAAGCUGCCAGUUGUCACCACUGUCGUUGGAGCCCAGGCAGGAAUCGAGGCGAUCAACCGGGUCGCCCGCGGGGAUGCGAGCCAGGAGAAGCUGGUCCUUGAACACCCUCUUCAAGGUUAGGUGAUAAGCAUGUAGUGAGCAUUAUUACAAUUGAGAAGCGCUAGAUUAUGUAGGACUAACCUAUGAGUCUUCACUUAAUUUACACCCUCCACUUGCAACAAGACCUUGGCUCGACCACCUCGAGCGAUCGCGAAGGUUGGACAUGACCAUCAAAUCUCUGAAUCUAUCUAAACCAAAAGAACCGCCAGAAGAGAAACUCCCAAGCCAAGGAAACUACCGGUGAUCCUGUUUCCAGGGGAGGAACCCACGACAGCGAUUGUUGGCUCAACAACUCUAGUUGGCUCAGAACCAUGUGGCACUACCACGACCGCUCCUGUGACAGUGAUCUCAGGACCACCCAGAGUCAAAGUCGUUCCACUA